AUCCCCUAAGUCCACAGUCACUUCACUGGUCUGGCAACCUGAGGAGAAUACAGUACGGUACUGCACGGUACGCCACUCAUCUCAUCUCAUCUCAUCUCAUCUCAGCAGAGCUCCCAGCCAGCCUCAAUCCCUGAAACGUGACCUGAAUCUCUUAAUUCCCCUGCUAGAGACAACCACUUGACAAUGAGGGCCGUCAUUGUUUUCGUGCUGCUUUUCGCAAGCGUCUUCUGCCACCCUGUAGUGAAACGUUCAGCAAGCAGUUCAGAGAGCUCGGAAGAAGUGGCGAGGCCUGCACAGGCUAUUCGUAGACCCACACAAGCGCUGACCCUCAAGGCUGCAGAACCGGCGGCCAUUGAUGCUGGUGUUGCCACUGCCACCGCUGCUGCUGCAGAUUCAGACGAGAGCUCAGAGACAUCCGAGGAAACAGAGGAGUCCAACACGACCUCUGACGAUGACAGCGCAGACAGCGCAGACAGUGCAGACAGCGCUGACACCAAUGAGAGCGAGACAGAGGAGAGCGUUAGCGAGAGCACCGAGUCGGGAGAGGCGCCCCCCCCAUCGGCAUCGCCCGCUGGCACCACCGCCUUCCCCGUCACUAUCGUGGUGCCCACCUUCCCCGAGGUUACCGACAGCGGGCGUGGUGACAGCAUGGGCGGCCGCGGCGACAGCUAUGGCUACGGCUACGGCUACAGCGACUACAGCGACUACAAGAAGUCCAUGCUGUACGAGGAGAACGCCAUCGUGGAGAAGGAGCCCGCGCCCUACAAGUCCUACGCCGACCCGAAACUGGGCCAGGUCAACCUGGUCAGCAGCAAGAAGUCCGGGCCCGGGUUCGAGGAUGCCGCCAGCGCCAACGACGUGGAGAAGACCCUCAAGGUUUACAAGGCCCUCCAGGUGCACGACGAGAUCCUGGAGGAGGAUACCAGCACGCCCGAGGUGGAGAGCCAGGGCCUGGAUACCUCCAGCAUCAGCACCAGUGUCAGCUCCAGCUCCAGCUCCAGUGACAGCUCCAGCUCCAGCUCCAGCAGCGCCCAGGACGAGGCCUCUCUGAAGCAGGCACCCGUCGUUGAGGUCAGCCCCUCAGCGGCUGAAGCUCCAUCGUCGUCCCAGAGCGUCAGCGACAGCCAGAGCCAGAGCCAGAGCCAGAGCGAGAGCCAGAGCGAGGAGGCUGGGCCUGCUGGGGCCGCUGCCAUGGAAGCUUCUGGCACCCUGGCAGAGGCGCAGGCCGGAGAGAGCGAGAGCACCAGCGCGGACAGCGACGGCACCAGCGAGAGCGCCAGCGCCAGCGCCAGCCAGGAGGGCGUGGACGAGGAGUCGGAGAGCAGCGAGGAAGGGGCAGCCACGGCGACGCCCGGCGCGGCCGACAGCGACGAGAGCGAGGACAGCGAGGAGUCCGAGUCCAACUCGGACGAGCAGGUGGUGGAGCCCACCAGCGAAGCGCCCAUCCUUGUCAUCACCGCCAAGUAAACGACAAAAAAGAAAGACAAUCACGAAAUGAGACGAAACAAAAGCAAAAUAAAAGAAAGGAGAAACCACCAGCUAAGCCCCCGUCCUUGUCAUCACCGCCAAGUUAAAUGACAAAUGAAAUACGCUAAAAACAAGAGUGAAACGAACCUAAAUAAAACAAACGAGAAACCACCAGGCACACGUUACGCUGCUGGCGGCGGUCACCUAAAAAUGGCCAGAAAAAAACUUUUGUGUGGUGUGCAGACACACACAUAUGCACACACAUGCGCGGACACACGCGGACACACACACACACACACACACACACACACACACACACACAAACACACACACACACACAGCUAAGCAUCAAGAAGUCUGUGGUGCAUUUCUGGAAACCAUAGUUGCUAACUGCGCUAGCUACUUUGUUGGUUGCGAUGCAAUUUCCCAUUGGCAACUACCCAAGUCGCUAACUGGCUAGCAACUACAUUUUUCAGAAACACAACCCUGAGAGAGAGCUGAGAGCUGAGAACUAUAGAGGGCUUAGUAGGGAGCAUUCAGAGACGCUCUUGCCCCUUGAAGGUCUGUACUUGCAAAAAGAAAUGUCUUUGUAAUUAAGAACAAUAAAAAUGACUAUGGUGUCUCUGAUUUUAGAAGCACAUGCAUUUUUCGUUCAUUGCACAUUUACGAUAAUAUAUGUUUACGUUUAUAUAAAUAUAUUUUACUACGUUGUAUAGUGGUAUAAUGUAUCUAAGUUUAUUAAAUAAAA